AUGGCGCAGAAAGGAGAUCAGCUGGACCAGGAAAGCUUUUCUUGUUCCAUCUGUUUGGAGGUUUUAAAGGAUCCGGUGACUAUUCCCUGUGGACACAGUUACUGUAUGAACUGUAUUAAAACCCACUGGGAUGAAGGAGAGAAGAAACUCCCCAGCUGUCCUCAGUGUAGAGAGACAUUUAUCCCGAGGCCUGCGCUGGUGAAAAACACCAUGUUUGCUGCUUUAGUGGAGCAGCUGAAGAAGACGGGACUCCAAGCUGCUCCUGCUGAUCACUGCUAUGCUGGACCUGAAGAUGUGGCCUGUGACGUCUGCUCUGGGAGGAAACUGAAAGCUGUCAAGUCCUGUUUGGUCUGUCUGGCCUCUUACUGCCAGAAACACCUUCAACCUCACCGUGAUUCAUCUACAUUCAAGCACCACCAGCUGGUGGAUCCCUCCAAGAACCUGCAGGACAACAUCUGCCCCCGUCACGGUGAUCUGAGGAAGAUGUUCUGUCGUACUGAUCAGAAGUGUAUCUGUUAUCUCUGCUCUGUGGAGGAACAUAAAGGCCAUGACACAGUCUCGGCUGCAGCAGAAAGGGCGGAGAGGCAGAGAGAGGUGGUGGUGAGACGACAACAAAUCCAGCAGGAGAUCCAGGACAGAGAGAAAGAUGUGAAGCUGCUUCAGCAGGAGGUGGAGGCCAUCAAUCAGUCUGCUGAUGGAACAGUGGAGGACAGUGAGGAGAUGUUCACUGAGCUGAUCUCUCUCCUCCAGAAGAGAAGCUCUGAGGUGAAACAGCAGGUCAGAUCCCAGCAGGAAAUUGAAGUGAGGAGAGUCAGAGAGCUGGAGGAGAAGCUGCAGCAGGAGAUCAGGGACCUGAAGAGGAGAGACGCCGAGAUGAAGCAGCUCUCAGACACCGAGGACCACAACCAGUUCCUCCAUAGCUGGCCCUCACUGCCACCACUCAGUGAGUCCACACACUCCUCCAGCAUCAGCAUCCGCCCUCUCACACACUCCUCCAGCAUCAGCAAUCGUCCUCUCACACACUCCUCCAGCAUCAGCAAUCGUCCUCUCACACACUCCUCCAGCAUCAGCAAUCGUCCUCUCACACACUCCUCCAGCAUCAGCAAUCGUCCUCUCACACACUCCUCCAGCAUCAGCAAUCCACCAGCAUCCGACGUGACAGCAGCUGUUUCAGAGGUCAGAGGUCGACUACAGGACAUCCUGAGAGACACGUGGAAAAAUGUCUCACUGGCCGUUACUGAGGUGGAUGUUUUACUGUCAGAAACAGAGAGCAGAGCUGGAUUCUUGAAGUAUUCAUGUGAAAUCACUCUGGAUCCAAACACAGUACACACAUGGCUGUUACUGUCAGAGGAGAACAGAAAGGUGACUUUUUUGGACCAACGUCAGUCUUAUUCUGAUCAUCCAGACAGAUUCAAAUAUCCUCAGGUCCUGAGUAGAGAGAGUCUGACUGGACGUCAUUACUGGGAGGUGGAGACAGCAGAUGGAGUUAGUGUAGCAGUUUCAUACAAGAAUAUCAGCAGAUCAGGGAAUGAAAGUUUAUUUGGAUAUAAUGACAAAUCUUGGUCACUAUAUUGUUCCUCAGACAGUUAUAUGUUCAGGUACAACAACAUCCAAACCUCCAUCUCAGGUCCUUGGAGCUCCAGAAUAGGAGUUUACUUGGAUCACAGAGCAGGAGUUCUGUCCUUCUACAGCGUCUCUGGAACCAUGACCCUCCUCCACAGAGUCCAGACCUCCUUCACUGAGCCGCUCCGCGCUGGAGUCAGGAUUUACUUAAAUCCUGGAAGAUCAGCUGAGUUCUGUAAACUCAAAUAG